GCAGGAGGAUGGAGGGCUCCGCAGAGGGAGGGACACGGAGAGAGACGGGGGAGGAGGAACUGCUAGUGGGAAAAAAGUUCAAGUGAAAAUGGCUUCCUUGUCUUUAGAGUCUACAGAACAAUCAGAGAACAGCCCGGAGGAGCCCCCAAAAGAGGAAGAAGAAGUCGUCCACAUUUCGGAACAGCUGCUCCAAAGUUUUCAAAAGUCGGCUUUGAGUUUUUCCACUGACCAGGUUUCAUGUCUGUGCGAGGCCCUUCUGCAGGCGGGUAAUGUGGAUCGGCUGUGGAGGUUUCUAUCCACCAUACCUCCUUCGUCCGAUCUGCUACGUGGCAACGAGACCCUGCUGAAGGCCCAGGCACUGGUGGCCUUCCACCGGGAGGAAUUCAAGGAGCUCUACGCUGUCCUGGAGAGCCACGACUUCCACCCGUCUAACCAUGGGUUCCUGCAGGACCUGUACCUCAAAGCCCGCUACAAGGAGGCGGAGAGGUCCCGGGGCCGCAGCCUGGGCGCAGUGGACAAGUACCGGCUGAGGAAAAAGUUCCCCCUGCCCAAAACUAUCUGGGACGGGGAGGAGACCGUGUACUGCUUCAAAGAAAAGUCCCGCAACGCUCUGAAAGAAUGCUACAAAAGCAACAGGUACCCGACCCCCGAUGAGAAGAAAAACCUGGCCAAAGUGACCGGACUGUCCCUCACACAGGUCAGCAACUGGUUCAAGAACCGCAGGCAGCGGGACAGGACCCCGUCCGGGAACCUCAGCAAAAGUGAGUCUGAUGGGAACCACAGCACUGAGGAUGAGGCGACUGUCAUGGAUGAUACGCCCGACAAACUAGAUGAGCCUUCGAUCUCCACCGCUCCCAUCAUCUCCGUUUCUGCUGUUCCUUGUAAUGCAGGAAACCAACUUAUCCUCAAUGGGUCCAGUGGCUUCCUUACAGCCUCUCAGCCUUUACUCCUCAAUGGAAAUUCCCUCAUCUCUGGCACAGGUGCUGGUGUUAUCAUCAAUGGGGUAAACUUGGGUGACUGCCAGACCGUCACGCUGAGUCCUGUUGCCACCAACUCUCCUGUAAUCCUAAACGGGGCUCAGGUAAUAACCAAAUCUGGUAUUGGAGGGCAGCAACCACAGCAGACAGCCUCUGGAGCAGAACAGGAAGUCUCCUUGGCAUCCAAGGUUCUGAGCCCUAACAAUGUACCCAUCUCAAAUCCAUCAACUAUUGUUUCUUCUCCUCUGCAAGUAAAAUCAGAGUGUGGCGAAGAAAUUGAUUUCAUUGUUGUUUCUAAAUCAGAAGGCAAAAGUUUGAUGGUAACUCAAUCUUCUUUACCUAUAUCCUCUUCCUCGCCAACGCUGUCCACUCCACCCAGUCUUCCUUCAGUAGUCUUAGCACCAAACCCUCAACACCAAGAACCCCUGACCGUCCCAGCCUCUCUGUCAUCUGCAGGUGUGGUUAUUUCUACUUCUGCAGUGACUCUGUCUAGUCAACAUGGAGCUUACAUUGUAACCUCCAGUUCUGGUUCCCAGUUAAACUCCUCUAGCUCUGUGGUGUCCUCCAUCUGCUCCACGCCUCAGAUCAUGCCUUUGCCUCAAGUUGUUCCUACCAUCCAGAGUACACUGGUAUCCCAUCUGGUCCAGCACUCUUCAGCUCAAGUGGCUCCAUGCCCUCAACUGGUUCCACUGUCCCCUCUCACUUCAGCAGCUCCUCAGUUCCAACCUCAGACUCUGAGCACGAGCACUACACCAGCACAACAGCAGCUAGACGCUUCCGCGACCAUGUCUCAGUGUCCUAGCACAAUUGUUUCUAUCUCGCAGCUCAACAGCAGCAACCUCCAACAGCAAAUGAUGCACCAGCUGGAUCAGCAGACCACAAACUCAACACCAAGCAAAAUCCAGACUAUUUCAAUUUCCUCCCCAACACAAGUGGUCCCUCAGACCAAGGGGAAUACACCGGCACAGUUGGUCCCACUCUCAGUGCCUCAGCUGGUUCCAGUUUCUUCUGUUCAAACCACCUCCAACAUCCCAUUCCCACAAGUGGUGCCUGCCAGCCCUUCUCUUUCCAUCCCCUCUGCUGGGGUGCCUUUACAGAUCCUGGCUUCAGGUUCGGCUGCAGGAGGGAUAACGCAGGGUCCACUUCGGAUAAACCAGCUGAGGUCCAUUCAGAGCACCCCAACCAGCAUGGCCCCUGCAGUACAGCUCCUCAACUCCGGGAUUCUCCAGCUGCCUUCUGCUCCUCCAGGUAACCUGGUUCUCAGUGGAAGUCCUUACCUGAGUGUCCAGCAAGGCAAGCUGAUUUUGACCAUCCCUGCAGGAAUUCAGCUCGCCAGUUUGCCCGUGAAACCAGUCCAAGAUGCUGCACCCAUUCCUGCAAAUGGAGUGAGUUCAGUUUUUACCCCGUCCCCACCUUCGAUGGCCUCGCAGCCUUCAACCACCCCCGUCUCCACCCCCAGCGGCCUCACAACCUCUCCGCUGAAUUUCAUCCACUCAUCUCCAAUGUAUUGUGCACCAGAGACAGCGGUCACCUCCAGCCAUGCUCCUGGCAUCUCUCACGUGUUAGAACAGUCGGUCACCUCCAUGACACAGAACACCCUCACUCCAGAGAGCAUGCUCACCCUCAGUCCCAUCUACAGCAGCAUGGCGCCAAACAUCCAGCUGUCCCAGCCAGCAUGGAGCCCCAUGCCGCUUUCGGCUUCUGCUAAUCUAACUCUGUUUGACGUCCGCGGGAAGGGAGAACUGCCUGUGGAUCCCGCUCUGUUAGGAUUACCUGGAGGAGAGUCGCUACUGUUGGGAAGCCCCUCUUCGGGGCAGGGUGAGGAAGCCAGCUCACCUCUGGGGAACCCAGAGGGGAUGGACGGGGAAGCUAAGAUCCUUACCCAGCUCCAGUCUGUUCCUGUGGAUGAUGACCUGGGCUUAUAGUCUGUUGCUGACCGUGGCUCUGAAACAACUCUAGAGUGGCUUUUUAAAACAGAUAGUUUUGCAUGAUUCACUCUUUUAACAUUUUUUUUACAUGUCUAGGUUUGGAUACCAUGAUGGUUCGAAGCGGAACUUUUUAAAAAUACCCUCUACAGUUUAACUUGGGUAUGGUUAUGUGGAAGCUGAAAUUACUUCUCUGGGAUUUUAAGGGAGAAUUAUACACCAAUGAAGUUUCUGACCUAAAAUCUUGUCAUCCAGACAGAAGAGCGAACCUGGAUCAGUCUGGCCCACUUACAGGUCUUGCUGUUCUUUCAGAUGAUCUUUGCUAUCUUAAGGAUUGUGGAACGCGUUAGGCUGAACUUUGUAGUUUGUGCUAGCAGAGGCAGUAGCAUAUUUUUGACACCCCCCCCCCCCCCCCAAAAAAAAAGAUAAAGGGCACAUGCUCUCUGCCAAAACGUAAGAUUUCCAGAACUUUUAAUUUCUUUUCAUGUUCAUAACCUGAUUUUAUUCAUCGUAACACUCCAGGAGUAAAGAAAAUAUUGUCCUUUGUGAAGAGUAGUCAGAGUUGUAUGUUAAACGUUUUCUUUCUUUAAGGGCUAUAGGACAGUAUUUUAUGACAAUAAUAUUAAUGUUACUGGAGUCUGGCUUGAAACAUGCAAAUUUACUGCAUUGAAUUCUCCAUUUUUAAUAUGUUUUUGCAGUUUUCAACAAAGAAUUCCUCCUUAGUUUGGUGAAAACCAAUCAUACAGGACGUAAAAAAGGGCUAUCACAAGAUUUUAACUAUGCAAUGCAUGUUGAGCUCUUUUUCCUGGACAAUAUGGUGCACGAAGGCUGAGUGAACCUGCUUGGCCUUUAGGGAGAUGUAAAUAAGCUUGAAAGUGAAGGGCUGGAAGUGUUUUACACUAAGACAUUUGCUGUGAUCUCACAAACCAAUAAUUCCUUUCAAAUGCAACUAAAAACUCAGUGUGACGAUAUUGAUAAGUGCCUUAUUUUAACACACUAGAUAUUUGUUGUGAUGCAAAAAAAAAGUUAUCACCAGUUUUUUAUACGUUUAUACCAAAUUUCUGGCUUAAUUUCUUUUGACUAUACAUUUCUGCAUCAGUGAAACACAAUGUGAUGCUCAUGGCUGCGUAGUUGUUACUCAAACUCGUUCUUUUUUGUAUAUUUUGCACAUUUUAUCCACAUGUUUACGUUAUUGUGUCGAUGUGACGGCGGCUGGAUGUGUAGUCUAUUACAAGGUUUCACGUUGUUUCUGGAAAUGCAAAAAAAUUAAUGAAAUACAGAAGAGCAGAUAUUAGGAUUUAAAUGAAAGAAAUGUGAGCUUUCAGCUGUCAAAACGUAGGUAGCGGUUAAUCUGUUGGUCAUUCGUGGUACACGAUAUACACAUCAGUGAUGGUUACAAGAAUGGCCUUUGUAUUUGUUUUUAUUCGCAUGUUUUUGUACAAUUAAUCUAUUUAAAGCAUGUACCAAUCUCUUUUUUUUAAGUUUUCUUUAUAAGUACUCUUGUGGAAAAUGCACAUAUAGGAAAUUACCUUAUUAUUACUUGUAAGUUACCCUUGUUGUCUAACUGGUCUCAGACUAGUGACGUCAAAUGUGUUUAGUGGUGUUUUUUAAUGGUAAACGCUUUCUGUCUGAGUCAUCACAUCAGUCUGGCUAAGAAGGGCUGCUGUCUUAUUUUCACCAAAGAUCGCUAACAUUGAAACUAAUGAAUUAUUCUUUGUAGCAUGGGAUUUGUUUUUGUCGUUUGAUUAUUUCAAUAACAUAUACCACCACAAAUGUAACCAAAGAUGUUGUCCAUUUGUUUUUGAAGUGUUUUGAAAAAGGGAUCAUUUGUCUGUCCUUGCAGGUUCUUGUUUUUUGUAUUCAAAUGCAUUCUAUUUUUUAUAUUGCAUACUGUAAUAAACAUUUACAAACAA